AUGAGCAUAGAAGCUACAAAUGAAGAUACGUUACCGGCUGGAACAGCGAUAUCGAUUAAAGAGCAUGAAGAUGAAAAAAAUGAAGAUGAAAUAAUUGAAAAAUUAACAAAAGCGAUUGAAGAGCAUAACGAGCAUGACGACCCUUCAAAAAAGGAGGACCCUUCACAAAAGGAAAUAAUUGAAAGAUUGAGAAAAGCAAUUGAAAAGCAUGAAACCUCUUUAGUACAGAAAAUAAUUGAUGUUUGCUUGAACGAUUAUAAACCAUAUUCUAUGCUCAUAGUUGUUAAGGUGCUUCCGCAGCUUGCCGUUCAGUAUCCAUACAUAUUAUCCGAAUUUUUGGAAAAAUGCGCUUACAUCAAGGUUCCACCGAAAUUUAAGUUUCGCGUUUCUAUUUUCGACACAAGUUAUGAAAAAUUUUUUGUUUCAACGAGUAACAAAGCAUCAUACACGGAUUGUUAUAUACCGCUGCCCGGCCUAUUUAACGGUCCCUUUGAGGAACUAGUCUAUCUUCAUUCCACUGAGACUUUUCAAUCUCCGGUUUUCGAUGCCAUUGUUAUGCGGCUGCGGCGUGCAUUCUUCGGAUGGGAGAUCUUUGUUGGAUUUGCAUCAUCAGUCCUUCCUGUUGUUAUUGUGUCUCGGGAGUUUAGUAAUAACCUUGCAUCUCCAGAGCUCCAAUCUCUCUCUGUCUUAUUCAUCUGGAUCUUUAUCGCUUUACAGCUUCGUGUCAUUGAAAGUAUCGGCAUUUUCAUGGCAGCUACUGACAUUCUUACAGUCGCACUCAUGAACAGCGCCUAUGAAGAAACGUAUAAAAAUGCACGCGCCGCGUGGGUCAUGCAAGUGGCAGAGUUUAUGAUAGACUACACCUACCUCAUUCCAAAGGGUUUAUGGCUCGAGUCCAGUGAUCAUCCGUACAUUAUUUACAAGGCAUUCACUAGCAAGGUUGUCGAGCAGUCCAAAAAGAAUAACGUUCAGACGCUAGAUGAAAUGAAAGACGAAAUAACUAAGGAAUUCAGACAAAUACUCUCUGCUGAAUUGAAGAAGUUUGCGGAACAGUUAAAGGCAACUAAUCAUAGUAGAUAA